AUGUCGCACGGCGACACAACCGCUAAGGCUGACGCGUCGCUCCGCUCGGAUCGAGGCGCGAACUCUCCGCAGCAGAAGCAGCACGCGCAGCAGCAGGCACACCAGCAGCAGCAGCAGUCAGCAAGCAGCAGCAGCAGCAGCGGAACCCGAUCAAUUCAAACUUCGUCUGUUUCUCGGAGCGAGGACGGGGGAGCAGCGGUGCCGUCUGGUGGGGAGGCCGAGGUGACAGAAACUGAAACGGAAAACGCAAACGGACAGGCUCCUGCUUCUGCGGCCGCCACUUCCGCUGAUGGCGAAACGCGAAGGGCAGACGGAGAGUCGCACGCGAGCGAUCCUGCGUCGCAGCCGUCGCAUCCGCCGCAGGCGUCGCAGCAGGUGUCGUUCAAUCCGCUAGCAGGGGUCGCUCCAUCGAUCGCCGCGCAGACGUUCACGUUUCGCGAGCUCGAGCGUGCGACGGGCGGGUUUUCGAAGAAGAACUUUGUAGGGGAAGGCGGCUUCGGACGCGUUUAUAAGGGAAAGCUGGAGUCUACUGGCCAGAUUGUAGCCGUGAAGCAGCUCGACCGUAACGGAAUGCAGGGCAACAGAGAGUUUCUCGUGGAGGUGCUCAUGCUGUCGCUGUUACACCACCCGCAUCUCGUGAACCUGAUUGGUUACUGCGCCGAUGGCGACCAGCGGCUAUUGGUGUACGAAUUCAUGGCAAACGGCGCACUUGAGGACCAUCUACAUGGUAAGAAAAAAAUUCAAAAUGCUAUAUCCACUUGCCGGAGGGCAAAGAGCCGUUGGAAUGGAACAUGCGCAUGCACGUGGCUGCUGGCGCCGCCAAGGGCCUCGAAUAUCUACACGUCAAGGCGAAUCCUCCUGUCAUAUAUCGCGAUUUCAAAUCAUCAAAUAUCCUUCUCGACGAAUCAUGGCACCCGAAGCUCUCCGAUUUCGGCCUCGCGAAAACUGGGCCCGGUUGGCGACAAAACGCACGUUUCCACGCGAGUCAUGGGAACGUACGGUUACUGUGCACCCGAGUACGCCAUGACGGGUCAGCUUACAGUGAAGUCGGACGUGUACAGUUUCGGUGUCGUGCUUUUGGAGCUUAUUACGGGUCGGCGGGCGAUUGACAUGAGGAGGCGACACGGCGAGCACAAUCUAGUCGCAUGGUACUUUCCAUUGCACAUGCCUUUCAGAGCUAUACUCAUAUUCCACAUCCCUCCCUCUCCACCUCCCCCCCUCCCCCACCCCCUCCCCUCCCUUCCCUCUCGCUCCUCCCCUUUCCCCCCUCCCCUCCGCCUCUCCCCCACCCUCCAGGCUCGACCACUGUUCAAAGACCGGCGGAAGUUUCCAGCCAUGGCGGAUCCUGGCUUGAGGGGGCGCUACCCGAUGCGAGGGUUGUAUCAGGCGCUCGCAGUGGCGGCGAUGUGCUUGCAGGAGCAGGCAGCUCAGCGACCCAUGAUUGGCGAUGUGGUUACCGCAUUGAGCUACCUCGCCAACCAGCCGUUUGACCCGGAUAAGGUCACUAGGCCGCCACCUGGCACGCCGCAGCACAACCCAAUGGACCGCCGGAGCAACUCCAGCGGAGGCGGGGGAGGGGGCGAGCGCAAGGGCUCGCGCUCCCCCGCCCCCCACCACCACGGGGGGGUGAGACGCUCCGCACUCUCCCCCAUGCAAUCACCUGAUGUGAGGCACAUGCACCACCACCACGUGAACCACCACCGGUUCUCGGAACGGGGCGAGGAGGAAGGAGGGGGAGGGUCUGUGGGUGCUGCUGCUGGGUCGGCUAGUCCAAUGAGAGUGAGGGGUGGAGGGGGGUACAGAGAGGGGCCGGUGGGGUAUAGGGAGAGUCCGGGGCAUGGCGGGGUGGGGAGUGGAGGCAGGACGCGAAGAACCAGAAGGGGUAUGGGGAGAAUUGGAGGGCGCGAGGGGAGGAGAGAGUGGGAGGAGAAGAGGUAG